GAAGAACAAAAUGAGGAAGAAGGGGUCGGUAAUCGGGUAAUCGUUUCUGCUUUUUCUGUUUUCGAAAAGUGACAUUUGUAUCUUCAAGUCUGCAUUCAAUUAUGGAAUCAGAAACAAAAGCCGUAAAAAGGCACGGAAAGACUUCAGAUACCAGUAAACACCGAGAGCCUUCGGAUAGAAAGGGUCCUGUCAAAGAUUCCAAAUCCAGUGACAGGGAUGAGUCCAAGCAGACAGGCGGUAACCCAACUCAACCAAAAUUUGGGCCUAUGCCAAGAUUUCCCCAUCAGCGAGUAUGGACGAGAGCUAUAAUGAUCAUUGCUCUUUUGAUUGUUGUUUAUUUUACAUCCAAAAAUGGGAAAGAAGUACCACUUGCUCGGCAACAUGAAAUUCUUCAUCAGCGGAAACAAUUGUUGGAUUGCUCUGAAUCGUAUCAAUCUGAAGUAGAACUCUAUCCAGGUUGCGUUCCAGAGAAGUGUGGACGUCUUAUCUCAGAUAGCUUGAUAACUGUUGGAGAGGCUCAAGCCAUGCUGGAGAUAGCAAAACGAGGCCUCAACCUUGGAGGUUCUUUGGGUGGGGCCUCAAUCCUUGAUUUACAUUCUGGGGCACUAUCUGUUGGGCGUACCUUUAUAAAUAUGUACAUGACAGAGAAAGGGAAGAACAUUUACAGGAAAUCAGACUUUGAUACCUACAAACAAGUUCGCAUCAAGAUACACCGUGCGGUUGCACAGCACUUCAAAAUAUCGCCUGAUGUCUUAUACCUUACACAUCCCACAUUUUUCUCUCGGCUCACAAAUUUGCCUCCAGGUACAGAACAUGAUGAGUACUGGCAUCCUCAUGUGGAUAAGGACACCUACAAGUCGUUUCAUUACACUUCUCUUUUGUACUUGUCUGAUUAUGGUGAUGAUUUUGAUGGAGGCCGCUUUAUUUUUAUUGAUAAAGAUAAUGUGAAUUCUACUGUAGAACCUAGAAAAGGACGAGUUUCUAUGUUCACUUCAGGAAAGGAGAACACACAUUUCGUUGAACGAGUGCGCUCUGGUACAAGAUUUGCUAUGACUAUUUCAUUUACAUGUGAUCCAAAGCAUGCAAUAUCUGAUCCUAAUGGUAAAGUUAUAAAACGUGCUCCCAAGUAAAAGUCAAUUAAAAAAAUAUAUCUCUUGUUCUCGUUUGGUCAAUGAAUGUAGUGGUUAUAUGGUAUGCAUUUAUUGUAAAUUGGUAGGCAAGAAACACACCUCAAUUCCUUACAUUCCAUUGUUGCAUGCAUUGUUUAUUGGAUAAUGCUCAAUUGUUUAGUAUGUGUAAUUUUUUAAGUAUUUGUAUGUCUUUGUAUCUUGAAGCAAAUGUCUAUUUGUAACUACCAUCAUCAGACAUAUCAUUCAUUAACCUAUUUAUCUGAAUUAGCCCUUUACUAUUCUUGUUGUUUGCUCAGUAAACCAUUUUCAUCUCUUCUGCUCAGACUUUUCAGUUGUCUGAGGAAUGCAAACUAAUAUCUAGUCCUUUUCUAUGUAUUAUUAGAUUUAAUUCAUAAUACAUAUCAUUGAUCUUUCUAGAAGUUUUGUAAAUUAUGCUGAUGCCCAUUUUUGUAUCAUGUUAUCAUGUAUGUUUUUCAUUAGAUUCCUAUUUCUUAUGUUAAGAUAGUUUUCCCCCCAAUGUUCGAUACAACUAUCCCCUCUUUUUCUUACCUGUAUGUAUAAGAAAAAAUCGUGGGCACAUUAAAUGUACUGUCUCUUAUUGUGAGUUAGUUAUAAUUUUAAUAUUAAACUGAACAACCUAUUUGCUCAUUGUAAAACAUAGCAGUUUACUACUCAGCGCAGUAACAGAGCAUUGGAAUUCCCUCAUUGUGAAUGUUAUCACUCGAAUAAAUAAUGCAGCUUAGUGAUUGAGGGAGGUUUUUGUUUAACAUGUAUAGCAUGAUAACUUGAAGUUAGGCGCUGUGUAAUAUAUGUACUUAACUAUUCCAUUAUUCUCAACGGAAAUGUUGUUAAAUUCGUAAGAAAAUUAAUUUAAGGAACCGAUGCCGGUAAUGUGGAGCACUCCUAAUUCUAUCAAGUUGUGUAAAAUUAUUAAAUUCAUUUGAACGCGUGA